AUGUCGAAGUUCAUUUGCUUCGUAGCAAUCCUCUGCGUUGGUUUGUUUGAAGCUUCAAUGGCAAAUAGAUGCCCAACGGAUUCUGUGAAGAUCGAGCAAGUCCCGACAGGACGGUCAAUCGAGUCGAAACCUGAGUGGAAAGUCAAGGUCUCCAACCAAUGCGCUUGCACGUUGACUCUCUUGAAAUUGACGUGUCCUAAAUUUUUACCAAGUAUCGAGGUCAAACCUCCCGUUAUAUCUAUCGAUGAAGAUGGUCAUUGUCUCGUGAAGACACUGAAUCCUUUAUAUAGUGGUGAAUUUUUGGAAUUUUCAUAUGCUUGGGAUCCUAUUCAGUUACAAGUCCUGGAUUUCAUCGAGGCUUGCUCUUAG